AUGGAAGCAGGACCUUCCAAACCCAACCGCAACAGCGGCAAGUCCAACAAGGAGAAGAAACCCUACCACUCCCAAACAGCGCUCGACAAGCAAGCCAACUCGAUCUCGUCGGCCACCUCUCUCCCCCGUUCCAUCACCAGCUCCACCCCUGUCUCCCUCCGUGAUGCCAAACUCCCCACCGCAGUCACCUCCGUCAAAGACAAGAAGCUUAAAUCCAAACUAGCCCAUCAACAUCUCUCAGCCAAACGUGCAGCAGAAUCAGCCCGUCUCGCCAAUGAAUACCUCAACACUUCCGCGCCCAGCGAAGGCGCUGGAAUGAUCGAAACCGAAGGAGAACUAGAACGGAGCUUCAAAGUCACCCAACAACAGAUUCGUGACAACGUCGGCAUAGACACUGCCACCAAGGGUUUCGAGCUCAAGCUUGAUGGGGGGAAACAAGGUGUUGGACUUGGACCGUAUAGAUGUGAUUAUACGAGGAAUGGAAGGCAUCUCGUGAUUGGUGGGAGAAAAGGACAUCUAGCCGCAUUUGAUUGGCAGACGGGAAAGUUGAGCUGUGAGAUUCAAGUGAGGGAGACGGUCAGAGAUGUGAAAUGGUUACAUAACAAUAGCUUUUUUGCAGCGGCACAGAAGAAGUAUGUUUAUAUCUAUGACGAUGCGGGGAUUGAGAUUCAUAAGUUAAAGAACCAUACCGAUGUGAAUCGGUUGGAGUUCUUGCCGUAUCACUUUUUGUUGGCAUCGGUGGGGGCGACGGGGUAUCUGAAGUAUCAGGAUACGUCGACGGGUACGUUGAUCAGCCAGCAUAGGACUGGGUUGGGGAAUUGUAAUACGAUGACACAAAACCCUCUAACUGCGGUGCUUCACUUAGGACACAGUAAUGGAACGGUUACAAUGUGGACUCCAAACCUUUCCACACCCGCUGUCAAACUCCUCGCCCAUCGCGGUCCGGUAACAGGGAUAAGCAUCGACGCGCGGAACGGCGGUCGAGACAUGGCCACUUGUGGUAUGGACGGAACCAUCAAAGUCUGGGACACACGAAUGCUCGGCAAAAGCCCCCGACGAGAAUGGCAAGCCCGUCGACCCGCAUCGGAUAUCCAAUACUCUCAGCGCGGUCUCCUCGGUGUAGCUUGGGGCCCACAUGUUUCGGUCUACGACACCCAUGCACCGCUCGGCAACGCCCCACCUGGACCAUACAUCACUCAAGGAUUCCCACGUUCUGAACCACUGCAAGUCAAAUUCUGCCCUUUCGAAGACGUUCUCGGCGUAGGCCACUCCAAUGGGUUCACCUCUCUCCUCGUCCCCGGUGCAGGAGAACCCAAUUUUGACUCUUCCGAAGUCGAUCCCUUCGAAACUCGCAAUGCUCGUCGCGAACGCGAAGUUCACCAACUUCUCGACAAAAUCUCUCCCGAUCUUAUCUCUAUCGACUCUUCCAUUCUUGGUUCUGUCCAUGUUGCGCAAACGAAUGUUUCUGCUGCUGAACAAGAUCGGAUUCUCUCAGAAAUUGCCAAACGAAACCCGAACGCGGUUGCACGCAGUGCGGAUGGGAGGGCAUAUUCUCAGCUCUCGAGAGUGGAGAGGAUGCAGCUCGACAAUCCAGACGCAGAACCACUGGGUGAGGAUGGAGAGGAGGAAAGCGUGUUCAAGGCUGAUGGUGUCGGUUCAUUAGCAGAGACGAUCGCAGCUCAUGAAGGACCGAAGAAGGAGAAGAAAGAGAAGAAUAGGAUGAGAGGGAAGAAUAAGGCGUUGAGUAGAUAUUUGAGGAAGAAGAGAGAGAAUGUCAUCGAUCCAAACAGGAUUGCGGUCAAACAGAGGAUGGAGAAGAUGAGGAAAGAGGAAGAGCAGAAGAGGAAGAGAAAGGUUGCUGCGGGGAUUGAUGUUGAUGAUGAGAGUUAUUCUGCGCUCGAUAUGUUCAAUAAGCGACCCUAA